CUUUUACUACAUUCACCUCAUCGACGAAAAGUCAAAAUCUGCAGCUCUACAAUUUCCUUUUCACUUUACGGCUUCCCAACGCUCAACCGCGACUCGUACAACUUUUGGCGUUUGUCCCACGUAGUACACAUUAGUAACACGUCGGUGGAGACGCGAUCAAUGACCGUAGAACUCGAAGCGCCUACUCUUCUCAGCGUUCCGGAAUUCGAGGAAAAGGACGGGCUUAUCUACUCUGACCAUGAACGCGUCAAUCCAGUCGUCGAAAGCGCCAAAUGGGCUUACAGUCGGACGAAUAUAGUCCAAGUUAAUGAAGACGGCGUAAAAUCCGCUGCACGUCAUAUACACGAUAAGCUUCUCGCCGAGUCAUAUACACCACGAACAUGGCGGACACACCCUUUGCACAUAUGUCCUCUAGAGCCCCACGAUCCUGCAGAUCCUUGGAACAAAGCUGUACUGAACUGGAUAUUCUUAAUCUCGUCGCUGAAUUUCAGCUUUUGGUCGGAGAAGGAGGGUGAAGCGGAUCGGUACGGCGUCGAAUGGUUGGACGCUUCGGGUUCGACAAAUAAGAAAGUGUGGACCGGCUACUGGAGUCUUGUGGCAUCUUUAAACCGAGCGUUACAGGACGACGCGAUUCCAAUCACCGAUCCCAACUUUUAUUCAUCAGAUAUCCUGUGUCCUGACUAUGUAAUCGAAUCCGUGUUUCGUCGGUCGCCUCAAUCUAGCGAGGGUAUACCUCUACUCCAAGACCGAAUUGCCAUCAUGCGUGAGGUUGGUUUCGUACUGUGCAACAGUUUUGGCGGAUCUUUCAGGGGAUUCCUUGACGAGUUUCAGCGCCGCUACAAUGGUGAUGGCACGGCUCUCGAUCUAGUCGAGAUGGUCGUAGAAACCUUCCCUUCCUUCAGGGACGAGCAUUAUCUAGAAGAGGAAAAGGUUUGUUUGUGGAAAAGGGCGCAGAUUCUUGUUGCUGAAACAUGGGCCGCUUUCUAUCCCCCAUCGUCGGACAUGCCGCAUCCAAUCUUUCCCGGACCUCGCGGAGCGCAAAUCCAUCAACUGACUAUGUUUGCGGACUAUCGCGUACCCCAGAUCCUGCACCACUUGAAGAUAUUGUCAUACCCUUCGUCACUGGUCCAGUUACUGCGAGAAGGAUCCUAUGUGCCCUCUGGAUCCAGGGAAGAACUGAGUUUACGUGCUGCAAGCAUCGUUGCGGUGGAACAUGUUAGAGAGGAGAUUAUGAAACUGAGGGAGGGAGAUGAAGGUGAACAGAUCAGUAGUGUUGUGAUCGACUUUUUUCUCUGGGAUCUGGCCAAGAAAAUCGAGCGAGGAGAGGAGAAGAUUGAGGGCAUUCAGACCGACGACAUCGUGCCAUGUCAUCGUACGAGAAGCAUUUGGUAUUGAUCCCCUAGCUGCGUCGCUAUCUUUUUUCGUUACUUCUGCACAUUACUAACAUACCUGACAUUAUUAUUAUUCGGAUAUCGAGAAGUCUAGAGACAAAUAUGGAAACUUUUUUCCCUCGUAUGGUUAACCGUAGAUCAUCCAUGAGGCGAUAGACCGGCCACAGAU